AUGCAAACAGAUUGGCUACCAAAAGGACCCGAUCAAUCAAAACUGAAAACUGACGAUAUUUUUACUAAACUGACCAUUUAUCAUGGGAGAAAAGAAUGUCUACAGCAAACAGCUCCAGAAGACCAAUACCCGCUUAAAACAGCAACUGAACUUAAGCAAUGCUCUGAUAUUUUUGUUGGCGAAGACGAAGAAGGAGAUCCAAAGUCAAUUUUGGUUUCUGGAGAACCAGGUAUUGGAAAAACUUUGUUCUCGCAGAAACUCGUCAGAGACUGGUCAACAAAUUGCAUAUCGAUCCAUAACAUUAGGUUUACUUACCUGAUAACGUUUAAGCAACUUGUCAUGCUUGGCAACGAAGAGCUUACCCUCAGAGAACUGCUUAAUCGCUCCCCGGUGUUGAACGAAAGAACCAUGAUAGAUGAGAAAGUGAUGGCACACAUCGCUCAGCACUCAGACCAGUUAUUUAUCAUUUUUGAUGGAUAUGAUGAAUACAAAGAUCGCAGCAAAAUGUUAAUUUUUGAAAGCGGCCAAUUUACCAAUGAUGUCGAAACCAAGAUGCCGGGAGCUGCUCUGAUCAGCAAACUAAUCCAAAAACACAUCUUGCGCGAUUCAGUCAUCAUGAUAACUUCAAGACCGGGCGAAGCCGACGAGUUGGACAAAAAACUCCACUUUGACAGAUUUGUGAACAUUGACGGUUUCUCUGAAUUGCUGGUUCUUGAAUAUGUUAAGAAGUAUUUUAAGUCUAAAUCAGAAGACGUAAAAAAUAUGGCCAUGGAGAAAGUCAAAGGAAGCGCACAUUUCAUGUCAUUUGGUCGCGUCCCUCUGAGGUGUUUCCUGAUGUGCGUGGUCAUCGAGUAUGAAAUCCAAAAUAAUAUUACUCGAGAUAAUUCAAUUCCUCUAAAACUUACACAAUUUUAUUGUAAAGUUAUUAGAGGUCUAGAGAAAAAUAAUAGGGAAAUCCGUAGUUUAGAUGAAAAAGCUUCCUUGUUAGCUGUUGAGAAAACUCUCGACAGUUUUUCUAAACUAGCAGCACAGUUAGAUGAACAAAAUCGUUUUACUUUUACUCAAAAGGACUUAGAAAAGCUAGAAUUACCAGAAGCUGAAAUGUCUUACCUUAAAUCUAGUAGUUUAAUAUUUUGUUAUCCUGUUGCCAGUGAUUCUCCAUUCCCACAAACAACUCUCGAGUAUGGUUUCGCCCAUUUGACCAUUCAAGAGUUUUUUGUUGCUCGUCAUUUGGUGAAGAAGCGUGCAAUGGCAGCUCGAGAAACCUCUGAAAUGGUGCACAUAUUCACGAGUGGUUUGUUGGGUUUAGAUAAGGAUCACAACAACGAUAAAAGUAUGUCGAAAGUACUAAAGUGUGUAUGUAGACAAGUGAAGAAUUAUUGGAGACGACGCCUUGUGUUAUUGCGCUGCCUUCACGAGUAUGGCCAAGAAAAAGAAUUCACAAGACAAGAACUGACUACAAACCGUGACUACAGAUACUGGUUUAGCGAUGGGUUGAUUAGAUUACAUGGUGUAACCGAUACGGACUGUGAUGCACUCGCUAUGUUAGUAGAAUCAAUUGCUACAUCGAUAUCAUCACCACCACACAGAUUGCACAGUACUGCUUUGUUAUGGUUUACUUGUUUCAAGUCAUCGCCACGGCCAAACACAUUGUCCAUUGGUGUCUCACAGAUAACCAUUACUGGGUUAAAGAGUUUGCUGUCAUCUCUUAUUCAUCCAGAAUGCACAAUCACUGGACUGGGGCUGUGGAAUUGUGGCUUGACUGAUGAAUGCGCUGAGUGUUUGAGUAACUGUUUACCCGACACAAGCAUAACCGAGCUUGACCUGCGUGCUAAUGAAAUAUCUAACAAAGGAGUGCAUCACGUUAUCCAUCAUUUACCAAAUAAUCUAACCUAUUUAAACCUGUCUUUUAAUCGGGUAUCUGCAGAAGUUAGUGAGAGCAGUAAGCAAUUUUGUCGUGAUAAUCAUCCAGGACUUCGGUUAGAGAUAUAG